AUGUCCUUGUCGAGGACAACUACGAGUACGCCUCAAGACAUAGUCGCAAUCUUCCAUGCUUCAUUUCAUCCAACGCAGGGCAAUAUUGUCGAUUGGUCUUUGAAGGCGGACGACGGCAAGUGCAGGGAUGUCGAUCUCACGCAUAUUGAGUUCAGCGCGUUGCCCAGUGGCUUGCACUUGGUAGAACAGGAUGUCGUAUACUUCAACCGGGACAACCGCGAGGGCGUAUGUGUGUUUCGGCGGCGAAAGACGACAGAAGACGGCCAGCGUGGUUUCCGACUCUCGUCUCUUGGCAUCCUCCUCGCGCGGUCUGCAAAGCCGCGCCCAUGGCGGCACCUGCGUGCUCUGAAGGAGCUCGUGCAGGCUAUUCAUAGUGAUGCGGAAGGACGGGAUGAUUUGGGCCCUGUUGACGCGGAUUGGGAGCCUGCGCGGCGGUUCUUUGAGGAGCGCAAGGCGCGUGAAAUGCGAGAGGCGGCGGGGACGUGGACGGGAUGGAGUCAUGAAUUGGACGGGCCCGAUGCAGACUUGUCAUCGUCAAGCCCGACUCUCCAUCUCCCUCACCUCCUGCGUAUCCUCGGACCGUCAUGUCUCACGCUGUACAAGCACGUUCUUGGCCGCCGGCGCAUACUCAUAUACACGCUACCGCCUGUCGAGGCAGCAUGCAUACUCUGCCAGGUCGCUGCGGACAUAUGUUACGAAGACCAGGUCGAGCUCGAGCCGACCGACACUGCGAGCUCUAGCACGGACCCGUUAAAGACGCGGUUGAAAGGGAAACAUAAGAAAAGCGUUAACGUGCUCGGCAUGGUCACGCUUCACGACCUAGACAAGAUGAAACAGGGCAGUAUGGGCGGACAGGGCUGGAUCGCAUGUACGACCGACGCUAUUUUCUUGGAGAAGCCACAGUAUUACGAUCUCAUCAUUGAUCUCACGACAUCUACCCCUGUGAAAGCGACGAGGCCAGCCAUGUAUACUUCUCGACAGCAGGUAUCGCCUGGCUCUCGCAGCCCGUCAUACAAACUAUCUUCGGUACGGUUUACGUGGAGUGACGUCAAGCUGUGGACGGAAUUGGAUAGGCUGCUGCAGCUUGACGCCGAAGAGGCAGGACACCACACUAUGCAUCAGUGCGGCGCCGCAGCGGCUGCUGCCGCGGCGCAAGGAGGGGCAGCCUGGACGGAUGCGUGGCGCCUGUAUGAAGAAGUUUGUAUCGUCUGCGCAGGGCUCUGGAUCGGAUCCUGGCGCGGGAACUCGAUCGCCUCCUAUUCCAGCCGGGACGGGGACUGGGGCGCGGCGCAACUCGAGGGCGACGAUGACCUGACUGUCGGCGGGAGCUACAUGCGGAGCCUCGGGAACGGGAUCGAAGGUCGUCCCGUACAGAUGCCUGGCGCACUGCCGGUGACAAGCCGCGCGAUGCGGCGGUCGAGCGGAAUGUCGGUCGGAAAGGCUGCGGGCCUGCGCAGGGGGGACGGUGCGGCGUUUCCUGUUAUUGUGGACGCGCCUGGGACUCCGCCAAAGGAGGUGCAGGACGCGCGGCGCGAUCGGCAGGUGUUGACCACGCUCGCGCUACUGCAGACGUUCCAUGCGCAGACAGGGUUCUUGUUCUCGAGGCUCGCGACGUUCAUGUCGGGCCCCGGCAGCGGCGCAGGAUCUAUUGCGCUGACCCCACGGGACGUCUUAUCGUUCGAGCUUGGGCCGCUGAGCAGCUUGGAUGCGAAGUUCUUGGAGUGGCUCGGGGACGAGUACGGUGGUGGCGUGCAGGUGGUGAUUCGCAAAGGGUGGCGAGAUCUAUUUGGGCUGGUAUUUGGAUUUGGAGGGUAA